AUAGGGCCUGAAAGUGGAGCUGAAACACAGGACAGCGGUUUUGUCGACUACUUUAGCCAUGUCUCAGUAAACGAGUCGCUUUAUUGAGUCGGCGGCGACAUUGCAGGCAGUUUUUGAGGUGAAAGCCGGGGGGAAGUGGACUUUGAGGAAGUGCAUGCUCGGUGUGGCCUCUUUAAGGCCGCCUCGCUCGGAGUGGGACUGGUUUCAAAUGACGCCAUCGCUUUAUUUUUAUCACCAUGACCUCAUCCCUGAGACGGAGUUCAGUGACCAGUGAAACUUUAUUCAACUUCUUUUUAAGCGGGGUAUUUUUGAUUUGGUUCUAUCAGACACUUAUUUUCGGUGUCGGAGAAGAUAAGUGAGACUGGAGGUUAGGAGGGGAAAGGACGUGGUUUCUGAAAUGUGCUCUCUUUUCACUUGUUCUCUUUAACGCCUAAUAACCACUUGAGCAUGAAGACGAGAAGCGAGGAGAUGAUGUAAUGGCACUGUGGCCCAGGAGAAAAGCCCUCUUUUGUGUUGUCCGUGCAAUGGUGUGAAAAAAGCCACCCUCCUCUUUUCCUUCCCCGGCAAACCCCCAAAAACACAGCCGAGUCUGCUGGAAUUGGGCCGAAGUGAUCUUACUGCUUGGCAAACACACACCCCAUUACCACAUCCAUACUCUCUCAGACAUGCACACAUACACAUAGUGCACAGAGUGGACAGUCUGUUUUUUGUUUUUUUUUAUUCUGUUGUUAGUACAUAAAGAAGACCUGCUCACUUUCCCUCCCUCCCAUUUUUCCCUCCUCUUUUUCUUUCUAUUUCUUGCUUUCACUUUUUCACUCGUUCGUUUUUUUUUUUUCAAACUCACCAGCCAAACACUAAAAGAGUGACAUCAUCGGCAGCCACCACAAUGGGGUCGUUCUUCUACUGAAGGCCCUUGCGGGCCACGUCAUCGCACCACAGGAAGAGAGGAGGUAACAGUCAGACAGAUGGAUAGAGAGGUCAUGGAUAUGGUAGAGCAUGAUGGGACAGGAGCUCUGGCCUCAGUCAGACUCAUUGGGCCAGAAGGCCUCGUGGCCCUGCUGGAGGGUGGACUGGACCGAGUGCUUCUGAUUGACAGCAGGCCCUUCGUGGAUUAUAACACCUCCCACAUCCUAGAGGCGGUCAAUGUGAACUGCUCCAAGCUGAUGAAGAGGAGGCUGCAGCAGGACAAGGUGCAGAUCGCCGAGCUUCUGCAGCAUUCUGCCAAGAAGAAGUUGGAACUGCAGAAUCAGGAAGUGGUGGUCUAUGACCAGAGCUCGUCUGACCCCUCCUCCCUGUCAUCAGAGGCCUUCCUCAACGUCCUAUUGGCCAAACUCGAGAGGAGUUUCCCGUCUGUCCACCUGCUCUCAGGUGGGUUUGUGGAGUUCUCUAAUCUCUUCCCUGGUCUGUGUGAGGGAAAGUGCAUGCUGGUGCCCUCCUGUAUCUCACAGCCAUGUCUUCCCCUCAACAGCAGCGGCCCUACACGCAUCCUGCCUCAUCUCUAUCUGGGCUGUCAGAGAGACGUGCUCAACAUGGAUUUGAUGCAGCAGAACGACAUAGCGUAUGUCCUCAAUGCCAGUAACACAUGUCCCAAACCUGACUUCAUUCCCGAGUCGCACUUCCUGCGUGUACCUGUCAAUGACAGCUUUUGUGAGAAGAUCCUGCCAUGGCUGGACAAAUCUGUGGAGUUCAUAGAAAAGGCAAAAGCUUGUAAUGCCAGAGUUCUAGUCCAUUGCCUGGCAGGAAUUUCCCGAUCAGCUACCAUCGCCAUUGCCUACAUCAUGAAAAGAAUGGACAUGUCCUUAGACGAGGCAUACAGGUUUGUGAAGGAGAAGAGGCCGACCAUCUCGCCCAACUUUAACUUCCUGGGCCAACUGCUGGAUUUUGAGAAGAAAAUCAAGAGCCCUAGUGAUGUGGCAGCUAAGGGUAAGCCAGUGCAGGCAGAACUGGCCGACAAGCCAAGCCCUGGGCAAGAGAAUGAGUGUUGUGCCCCAUGCUCGGCCAGCGGGGUCGGGGUGGAGAGAUCUGCCCUGGCACCACUAGAGCCUCUGACACUGCCCUGUGUACUGGCUGGGGUUCCUGAGGAGCAGCUUCUGGCUGAGGCACUGUGCAGCCUGCAGCUGAGUGAAGAAAUGGAGGACAGCAUGCGCUUGAAGCGCUCCUUCUCCCUGGACAUAAAGUCAUAUGGAGAGCCAAGCGUUGGAGCUCCUUUACGCACAUUUGGCAGUGGAGAUAGUCCAGACUACUACAAACCAUCCUCAUUUAAAGAUCCAUCAGUUAAGCCUUGCCAGUUCUCCCCUGUGGAGGAGGUUUCAGAGCAGUCCACUCCUGAACAGAGUCCGGACAAGGAGCAAGCCGAAGGUCCCACAACCAGCAGCAACAAGUCCAUCAACUCUGCCAAAUCCAGUCACUCCAGCAACCCCAACCAAUCCAAUAAGCCCCAGUCUGCAGCAUUAAAGCCUCCUCCUCCACCUGCCUGCCCCCAGCCACUGCAGAGGAGUGGUAGUAUGGAGGAAACUGCAAGUGCUGCCAGCUUUCUGCUUGGCCUGUCACGCUCGCAGCAGCAGUUGGCCAAAACUGGGUUAGGCGCACUAAAAGGCUGGCACUCCGACAUCCUUCUGGCACCUGUCACCGGUGGCUGGUACCUCUCAUCUGAGUCAGCACGGUUCUACUCAACCUCAGCCAUUUUCAGCAGUGGAGGCAGUGGAGGAGCUGGAGGUGCGCAAAGCAGUUUCACGGCGACAUACAGCUGCAGUCAAGGGUUGGAGGCAGUGAGGAGGCGGAGCAGACAGAGGAGCAGCGAACGCGGAGACUCGCGCCGUAGCUGGCAUGAAGAGAGCAGCUUCGAGAAGCAACUGAAGCGGCGUAGCUGCCAGAUGGAAUUCGGUGAUGGCAUGACCGAGAGCCACUCCAGAGAGGACCUAGGGAAAGUAGGCAGCCAGUCCAGCUUUUCUGGGAGCAUGGAGGUCAUUGAGGUGUCCUGAAAGAAAAAAACUGAAUGUUGCUCUUAAAGUGCAUCUGACUUUUUGUAAGAAGGAAGAUUUUGUGGGAUAUUUCCCAUGCAAAAUCUUUUUCAAGUGCUUUCAUGGACUAUAAAGUAGUGGUGCUUCAUAGGCUUUUCCCCACUGACCAAGAAUAUUUUUGUAUUCAUAUAGCUGAAUUUUGCAGGUAAUAAUGUUCACUGAAUGCAGCUCCCUUUUACUGAUUGUCCAAGAGUGGAUACACAAACACUUUCAGUUUAUAUUUUUUUGGGUUUAUAUUUUAGUUUUAUUUUAGCUGAGCCUGUUUUUUUGUCAGUGGAUCAGUAUUGAUUAUUUACCAUUUUCCAUCUAUGUUGUGAUUGAUCGAAUAUGUUUGUCUGACUCCAGUACUGAAUCUUGAGCCCGAAACUGAAGCAUGAAUGAAGCUGAAAUGGAUUGAAGAUUUUUCUGCAUGCUCUGACAUACCACAAAGGGUGUCUAUGUAGCAACUAUACAGUACCUCACAAAUCCAAAUUAAGGGCUUUUCUCUCUUUUUUUUUUUAAGCUUUUUUUUCUCUUUUUUUUUUUUUGCUUUUACUCAUAUGUGUAGCUUUCAAUGGUUAAAAUCUCAGGUCUUAUUUUGAGCAGCAGGAAAAGACAUUUAUAAAGAAGUCCCUUUUGCUUUGAAUUAUGGCGUUAAGAUUUAAAUGCCUGUAACGAGAUUGUUCUCUUAUGUCAGAUGAUCCACAAUCAUCUUUUCACAUCAAAACACAAAGAUUAAAAGUCUGCGUUAGCUGAAUGAAGUGUGGGACUGAACUAAGUUCAGGUAUUAGUGGUGGAGGUGGAGCUGGAAAAGGCCAGGUGUUAUGGCUUGUUGUGUAAAUGGUGGGUUGUUUAAGCAAGUGCUGGGGAAGAGGAAGAGGCUGGAACUCUUGUUCAAAAGGCGCAACUUGAUCUUGCCUGAGAUAAGAGCGGAUUAUUGUCCUCUCAAACAAAUGUCUUUUUGAGUAUAGAAAAUAAACACCUUUUCAAGUUGUAAUCAAAACUACUCUGCAGUGUAAAACGUCACACCACAGUGGUUACAUAAUUAUUGGACAUUAUCAAAAAAAAAUGACAUUUGACAUCAUGUUAUGGCAUCGUUCUCAGUUCUCUGCUAAGUUACACUAGGUAUCUGGUUUAGCAUUAAAAUAUGCAGUGCAACAAGUUCCCAUAACCAGUAAACAAGAUCCACUAGAUACAUUGUGGACAAGAACGUUAUAACUCCAUGUACAAUCAGGAAAAUGUUCAAUGAUCAGUCAAAUUAAAUUAACAUUUAUUUUAAUACAUUUAAAUAAAUAAAUGUAAAAGAAUAUCUCAGAUAACAUACUGCAUGUUAUCCAGCCUCAGUCCUUCAUUUGAUUAAAUACCAUAUCAAGUGUUUGUGGGUAACGCAGAUGUUCUAGUUUGAAAAAUCUGUUUGUCACAUGCAACUCAAACUCAAGUGGCUUUUAGUGGUGUUGGGUCACAUGUUUAGUUUCCAAAAAGCAUCACCACAAAAUGAUCAUGUUUAAAUGGUUGAGCGAGCAUCCCACUAAACACUUUUUUUUUGCCAGUUAAGAUCAUAUUAACUUUCUGAUGCUUUUGGGAAACUAGACGUAGUAUACACUAUAUGGCCACAUAUGAUUGGUUUAGUGGACACAUAUGAUUGGUGGUCAGAUCACAAACCUUUGGCUGUAUAGUGUAUUUUGCUCAUACAAUAAGCAGUACAGAAAAUGCAGAAUAUAGCAGGACAACUGGUUGACUAUUGGACCAUCGUCAUCACUACCAAUUAUCAAUGGACUGUGGCUGAAUUCAAAAUCAUCCUUAAAUUACAUAUAAAUUCUUAUAUUUCCCAACUACAUUUAAUAUUGGAUAAUGUAAGGAAGUAUUAAGGUCCUGUCAGUAUUGUAGGCUUGUGAGUUCUAGCUUUACCUCUCUCAUACCUUUAUAAGAGUGAACAAAAUGAGCCAGGACAGUGUUGAUGGCUCUUCGGGUAUUUAAACAUUUAAUUUAUCUUCUUGCCCUCGUUGGCCCCAAAACAGGGUAGUACCUGAUCAUUACCACUCAAACAUAGAUUUGUUUUGUUGUUAAUCUCCAUCUAAUGUUGCUAAUAAUCUCUUCUACCCAGGAAUGUUUCCGGACAGCGCCAUCUACACCUCUUUGUACAUUCAGUAAUGAGCCAGAAACUUGCAGCUCAAAAUGGAUUUUCAUGUUUCUUUCAUUUCUCCAGGUGUUUUAUUUUAAAUAGGACACAGACACAGGUGAUUAAAGCAGUGGCUUAUUCGAUUUGAAAGCUGUGAAGAUACUUCUGUAAAUAAGUGCAUUUUUUGUCAAUAAUCAGUGAUAAAUAAUGUUUUUUAUCCUCCAGUGAAAAUGUAAGAAUCAUCAGCUUUACUGCAGACUGGCUUUUUGAUUGAACUAUUUAGCCUCUUAACCAGGAGAAGUGUUUGACCAUCUGCUGCUUCUUUGAAAAGACUGAGCUUCGUAUACAAGAUCUACAGCAAGUCUCAAAGCCAGGCCAAGUGAAAAUUCCUAUAGGUAAAUCUUUUUGGCCAAAUUACAGUAUAUUUUUUUCCUAACUGAAUGAAUGUGUUCUGAUCAAGGAUACAUUACAGAAGAAGCAUAGAGGAGAUGGUACAAGCACGUGAAGUGAGUGAAUGGUCUAUGCUUGAGAGUAUGAUGUGCCUUUUCCUUCCACCGUAUGCAGGUUUAUGUGGCAGUCCUUUGAUGUUGGUGGUUAUUAGUUGUAUGUCUGACAGUUGAAAUAAACCUAAAUCGGUACUCAA